AAAAAAUUGAGCCAACUGUAUCCAUCUAUAGAGUCUAGACAUCACCCAAGCUUGUGCUUAUUCACUGCCCUGUGUCCCCCAUACACUCGCACACCAUAUGUUUGAUUAUUUGCGUCAGCCAACACUGAAUAAAAAUUGUUCCUUGGCAGUGUUGAAUGUGGAUGCACUUGAGGCCGUUCUUUCGCGAGGCUAACCUGUUAAACGGGUUAACCUCGCGAGUGCAAGCCCGUUCCUAUGCUCGUCGUCGCGAACCGUUUCCCACCAAAGUUUCUCACUACCUCCACCGUGCAAAACUCAUUGACUCCAUUAGACUUACUCUACGCUCCAACACCCCCAACCCCUCCCUUCCCUCUCUCAUAAACCACCGUCUUAUGGACUCUUUCGUGGCCACUCAUGCACUUCGCUCUGCCCCUUCUGCUGAUUCCGCUCUCUCCUUCGUCCGUGCCCUCGAAAAAAGUUCUCAUUUUUCCCACACCCACCACACACUCCAUUCACUUGCCACUGUUCUUGCCAAGUCUGGUCGAAGCUCUGAGCUCAAAUCCCUCGUUGAUGAUAUCCGAGCCAACCGGUUCGGCUCUGUUCAGAUCAGUUUCAUGAAUCUCAUGCAGUGGCAUGCUGCAGUUAGGGACCUUGACACUGUUCUUCAGGUGUGGGAACAGUAUGCACUUGAGAAUGACCAUCUAUGUACUGAAUCUUACAACAUUGUUAUGACUCUUUAUGCUCAAAUGGGAAAGGACUUUGAGGCUGUUCGAGUUUUUCGCAGGAUGAUUGAUGAAGGGUCUCUUCCGAAUUGCAGAAGCUAUACUGUGAUAAUCGAGCACCUUGUGAAGUCGCGCAAGUUAUCGGAAGCAUUGGAGGUUUUUAACCUGUUGCCUUCAAUGAGGAUCAAACGCACCUUGAGACAGUACUCUGUUCUGCUUGAGGGUUUUGUAGGUAGCAAACAGUUUGACGAAGUGAGAAUUUUAGUUGAGGAAAUGCAGGUUGAUGGAAUAUUGCCUAGUAGAGGCAUGGGUCUGUUGCUGCAGCAGAUGAAGGAGGAAGGAAUUCUUGAAGGCAAGGAGCAAUUGUUGAGAGGAAUUUUGCCAGAUGAGACAAUCAGGAGUGUAAGUUAUUCUAUUGAUAGUGGUGAUGAGGAUGAAAAUGAGAAUGAGGACCAAGAUGAGAAUAUAAGUGAUGCUGGUCAAUGUAAUCAUGUUGAUGGAAUUCAUUUAAAACCGUGGAUGGACCCACGGGCUUUGGUCAGUGCCUUGCGGAAUUGGAGUCCUGAUGAGGUAGCAGCACUAGAGAGUGCAAACUUUGUAUGGACAACAAGGUUGGUUUGCAAGAUGCUUAGGAAUUUCAAAACACCAGAAGCUGCAUGGAGUUUCUUCUGUUGGGCUGCCAAUCAGCGUGGAUUUACUCAUGACAUAUACACGGUACAAAGAAUCACUACCCUUCUAGCACGUCAUGGACGUACUGACUUGGUUGAUAGACUCAUCUCCAAGAUCAGAAUGGAGAGAAUGAGACUACCAUUCAGCACCAUCAGGAUGAUCAUUGACUUCUAUGGGAUUUCAAAAAAAGCUGAUGCUGCUCUGAAGGUUUUCAAUGAUGAUCGAAUACUUUGCGGUCCCAUAUCAAAUGUUAACUUGAUGCUUCUUUAUUCCUCUCUUCUAAGAACAUUGACAAAGUGUGGAAGAAAUUCUGAUGCCCUGGAUAUGCUUGAUGACAUGAUUUUAAAUGGUAUUUGCCCAGAUAUCCAGACAUUUUCAGGCCUAAUGUACUAUUUUUCACAGCUUGGAGAUAUAAAAACAGUGCAGAAGCUCUUUGCAAUGGUUAGGCAGAGCGGUUUAGAGCCAGAUGCUUAUUUGUUUAAGGCAUUAAUCCAAGGUUAUUGCAAGUCAGAAAGAGCUGCACUAGCAUGGAGACUAUUUGAAGACAUGAAGAAUUCAGGUUUGGUGCCUGACUCUGCCACCAAAGAGUUGCUAGUAAAGAGCCUCUGGAAAGAAGGGAGACGGAGAGAGGCUGCUGCAGUGGAAGAAAGUUAUGAGGAAAUAAAUACGGUCCUUCCACUUGCAUUGCAGGGUCAUGUAUGGACUGUCAGCUCUGCAGAUCUCACAAGAGUUUAUAAUAUUUAUUCAAAUUCUUUUGAUUAAAAUGGGGGCUAGAGUAAUCCAUAGGUCUGUACGAUGCGUGUGGAUUUCUUCAUGCAUGAAAUUUCAGCACACAUAUUACAAGGGAAAAACAAUCAAGGUUUUAAGAAAACGAUUUACAAUUGCAAUUAUUGCCAGGACCACAACUGCGGCCGCAUCUGCAUUUUUCCGUAAUAUCAAGGAUUGUGAUGACUGCAAUCAUCCUAAUUUAAAACCUUGAAAACAAUACGCAUAGUUGUGGGAAUUUUUUUUAGACGGGGAGGUUGGGUGCAAAGGUUUAAGUUGCUGUAUUCAUUAGAGUUCUGAAAAAUUGUUGUUGGCCAGGACGUGAGUUGAUUGAUACUUAGAAAUGAGCUAUUGUUCUUAUGGCUACCAAAAAUGCUUUGUUGUAUCCACUUAAUCAAGUGCUAAAAGUCAUCUUUGGCUUUGCUUAAUCACAAAAUUAAUGAAACUCUUGUUAACGUGUGGAGUGCUACAUUCAGUCGGCA